CCGCGAGCGUCGUGUCGCGCGCCGUUGUGCGCACGGUAGAACUUAGAAGCAGUUCCGAGCGAUCUCGAGUAAAAGCGGGAGUAAAAACGGAGACGAGGGAGAAAGAUACGGGAAUUUCUCUCAAGUGAAUUCCCCCAUUGGUUUCUCCUUUCCCUUCUUUCUUUCCGCUCUCUUGGCGCGUGCUCGCACCGCCCCGCGGUAACUCGACUCGACGACGCGAAGCGAUCGCAGAGACCCGCGGCCACGAGUAGGGAGGGGGAGGAGGAGGCGGCCAUCUCCGGUUGCGGUCUCUGAUAUUUUUUAUUCCACGGUAUGUCAGAAGGCGAGGUCGCGUUGUCGCAGAAGAAGCAGCACCAGCAGCAGUCGCCGUUCCAUCCGCAGCAACAGCAGCAGCCGAUCGGAGCGGGCCCGAUGGCGAAUAUGGCGUGGCAGUACACGCCGAACAAUAUGCACAACAUGUUCCCACCGUACCCAGGGCAAAUGUACAACCCAGGGUAUCAAGGUGUGCCGCACCAAGGAUCGUUUAACUAUUAUCCCAUGAUGCCAGGAUAUGGCCAGAAUUUUAAUCUUCAACAGAUGCAGCAGCAUCAACAACACCAACAGCAUCAACAGCAUCAACAGCAGCAGCAGCAGCAGCAACAGCAGCAGCAGCAGCAACAACAGCAACAGCAGCAGCAGGGAAACAAUCAGACGAAGCAGCAGUUGCAUCAACAGCCUCCUAUACCUGGUACUCCGAUGCCUCUGGAUGACGAAUCUGAUCUUCCACCGUUGCCACCCGGUCCACCACCAACGAUUCCACAAACUCAACAACACAAUCACAUGCAGCAACAGUCGAUGGCUUAUUCAGGAUUGAUGUACAAUUCAUUCCCUUAUAGCAACUGGAAUGGAAUGCAUAAUGAUACUUCUCAGUACAACGGUCAAAAUACAAUCCGUUUCAACAUGCCAAACAAGAAAACGGGUCUUGGAUACACGCCGUCCGGCAAUAGCGGCGCCGCGAAGAAAAAACGUAAGCGGAACAAAAAUUUAGCAGCUCAAUUCAACAAUAGCUUUCAGGGAAACGCUCCGACUGGUCCCUUCAUGCCUAACGGACCUAGUGCAAAACCUGCGGAACUACCGCCGUUACCACCCGCGCAAAGCGAAGUGGUGGCCCCGCCGCCGCCGAGCGAGGAGCCUCCUAAUCCUGUCGUGCCGGUUACCACGGCUGCCAGCAACGCGGUUCCCAGUGCUGGCGCUGUUUCCUCCAUCGGCCACAGUCCGGUCGGCGACUGGCCCGACAGUCUGAAGAAUUACGUGAAUCGUUGCUACGAGAAGUGUAAGACGGCGGUCGAUAAGGAUCAGGUCGAAAUCAUACUGAAGGGCAAGAUCACACGCGCCGCGAAUGACGGCUCGCUCUGGGUGAAGGACUGGGACAAGGAGCCUCUGCCCAGCAUCCACAGCGAACGUAUGACCAUGACGAUCAAGCCUUCGAAGCCGGCGUUAAAGCUGGCGAAUCCUCUGGCGAGCCCACUGGUCAAUGCACAGGGAGGCCUGCGCAAGCCCGGCCUCUCCAGCUCCCUCGGGGCUCGGCUUGGCGCGCGUCUCUCUGUGACACACAGCAGGCGGUCGAGGACGAGGUCGAGGUCAAGGUCUAGAUCGAGGUCAAGAUCAAGAUCCAAGUCGAGGUCGCGGUCCCGUUCGCGGUCGCGUUCGCGGUCUCGUUCGAGGUCGAAAUCGACGCGCUCGCGCACACGUAGUCCGCCGUCGCGCAGGUACAGCAGGCGCAGCACGUCCUCGUCGUCGAACAUUAGCGAUCGGGAGCACGAUUACAAGGCCCUCAAAGUGAAAAAGUCCGCGCGCAGCAAGGCGAAUCACGGCAACAAGAAGUCCAAGAAGACUAAGCAGGCUAAAUCGCAUUUCUAUUCCGAAUUUGGUUUAGCUACAGGCAACACGGACGAGCUGGGCACCAAGGAGAAGCUGCAGCAGCGCGCCGCCCGAUUCAACGGCGGCAUUUCCAGGACGGUUGUCAGCAGUGUCGUCAUCAGAGAUGAUCCGAACACGGACUUCGACUUUACCGGGCUCCACAUCGUCGGCACGUGCAAGGAUCUAGAGAAGCCCUACUUGCGUCUCACGUCGGCUCCUGCUCCUUCUGCAGUUCGACCGGUAAGUGUACUUCAAAAUUCUUUGGCCCAUGUCAAGAAACGUUGGCUGGCCGACCAGGACUACCGAUAUGCUUGCGACCAAUUAAAAUCCAUCCGGCAAGAUCUUACCGUGCAAGGUAUCAGGGACGCGUUUACAGUUCAUGUAUAUGAAACCCACGCCCGUGUAGCUUUAGAACGCGGUGAUCACGAGGAAUUCAAUCAGUGUCAGACACAGCUGAAGAUGCUGUAUCAGGAUCUCGAUGGCGAGAACCGAUGCGAAUUCAUCGCGUAUCGCAUUCUCUAUUACAUCUUCACGAAAAAUACUCAAGAUUUAACGACCAUUUUAGCAGCACUUUCGGCAGAGGAUAAAAACGACGAGUGCAUAAAGCACGCGUUGAAAAUACGAUCGGCUUGGUGGUUGGGUAACUUCCAUGCUUUUUUCAAACUAUAUAGGACGGCGCCGCGUAUGUCUGCCUUCUUGAUGGAUUGGUUUGUCGCGAGAGAGCGAAAGAAGGCAUUGAAAUUCAUGAUAAAGUCCUACCGGCAAAAUUUGGCGGUUCAUUUCGUCGUAGCGGAAUUGGCCUUUGAUUCUUUGGACAAGUUUUAUGAAUUUGUCAGCGAGUUCGGCUUGGUUUACGUUGAUCUCGCUCGACAGCAAAUCGACUGCAAGGCAAGCAGUGGUAGUCUAGGUGGUUGGUAGAAGGCAACGCCACUCUACUGUCCUACCUUUACCCCUUGUGGCGGAAGAUAAAUUUUAACACGCGAAAAAAAAAGAAAGGGCCACACACACACAAUAAUACACAUGCAUCCAUUCACGUAUAUAUAUAUAUACACACGCACGCGUACACGCGUAAAGUCUCACGUGUAUAUGCAUAUGUUUCCGACGCUUGUGUGACUCAUAUGCAUAUAUACAGUGCUUAGAUAGAUGUUCCAUUUCGCUGGGGUACGCAAUCGUUUCCGUAAACAUUUUCCUCGCUCUCGGAAAGACCCCGUGUGUGUGUGUGCUGGCUCUACCUCUCGCAAACGAUCUUCAGAUCAUCGUCCCACGGCGGUGGCGCAAUCUCAUCUCCGUCAGGCGCAAAAAAAAAAAUCGAAAGCUUGGGAACUUCGACUACAGCUUCGACUGUGAAUUUGUACAUAACACGCCCCCUCGUUCGGUUCCCCCGCGCGCAAUUGUACAUAUAUCGCAAGAGGACAAUAGAUGCGGCUCUCUCUAUCUCUCGCCGGGGACUCCUGGAAAUUGUACAAAAAGUCGGGACGGAUGAUCGUUUCCGUUCGUUCGGCGCUACCUCACUAAAAAGAUUAGAUGAGCAAAAAAAAAAUCGUUGUAACUCGUCGAGGAUCAUAUUCACAACAUAAAACGGUACAGUCUACGGUCUUCGCAAUAGGAAAAAAAAAGUUCAUCCUUCUUUCGUUGUCGGGACGACCGCUCUCUCCUUUUCAAUCAUUCGUAGCGUGAUGCGCAUGCACGCUUCACUGCCACGAUGCUCGAUCGAUUUUCCACGUGUUCCUUUAAGUAUUACUGCACCCGAAAAACAACCCGUAGCCGCCCCAGCCGAGCCGCAACGCAAGCUUCUCUCCCUUCGAAGAGAGGGGGAUUGCUUCAAAAGAGAACGCGGAUAAGGAUUUCGUUUUACAAUUUCGGAGACACGAGACGCGUUUGCGAGGACACUAUGGGUGACGUUCACGCUGCUCGUGCUCGAUAUAGAGACGCUCUCCUUCGACGAACAGAGAGCGUAACCUGGUUCGCGAUAAGUGAUCAUUUCCCGGACAAGCCCGAGGAAAGCCGGUCAGAGGUCAGACGGAGGGAAGAAGUCGCAAGAUCGUUUCGCACGUAACGUCGUUGGAUGAAACCAUAUGUACAUUGAAGAUGGUCCGGGUUUGGGGGACGAAGACGGAAGACCGAAGAUGAAGGGGAGGACAGCCUUCGCUGCAUACCUCGCGUGACGAGUGGCGAUAUCACCAUCGGUUCUCGUGUGCCCGAGUGAUCUUGUAAUUAAUUAAUUUUAACGAGUGUCCCAUGCGCCGCGCGUGGUGCAACGAUGCUCUUUUCGUUAUUAGAUUUGCCCUAUACUCGUUGGAAUUCUCCACGUGAUCGGGACUCUCCCGCGUUUUAACUCUCUCGCAUUCGCGCGCAUGGAAUGUGCAUACAUCAGCCGCAUUACACGGAUUCGGAAAGGGAAAAAAUGAACUCAUUGUACAAUACUUGAUCCGAAUACGAUGUUGUGCAUAAUAAAUUAUUUAAUUUUC